AUGAUCCAUCGAGCAGUUGUCUUCCUGUUGGUUGCCGUGGUAACGGCAAAUGCAUUCAAUAACUUCGCCGACAUCGAGUGCGGGAGGGCUUCGAGGAAGCAGCCGAAAAUCGUAGGUGGCGGCGAUGCCCUUCCCGGGGAAUUCCCUUGGUUGGUUUCGAUCACUAGGAGGGGAGGUCACUUCUGCGGAGGUUCACUAAUUACCAAUAGACAUGUUCUGACCGCUGCUCAUUGCAUCUGCAGCGGAGUUGGAAAUGACAUUUUGAAGCCGGCAAGCAUAAAGGUAUCUUUGGGACAGUACGAUUUGAGGAAAGAGUCGGAUGCAUACGAGAUGACGGUGAGCACGAUCACGGCCCACCCCGAAUAUAAAUGCAAUAAAGUCAAGAGUGACAUAGCCAUACUGAAAUUGGAUCAGCCGAUCAGCUGGACAUCUAAGGUGUUGCCAGCUUGCCUUCCAUUGGGCAGCGAUGAUCUUGCUUACAGAAAGUACGAAAACAUCUUGGCCACGGUUGCCGGUUGGGGAUGGACCAACGAAAAUAGUUCAAAAGGUGGACGAGCCAACAUUUUACAAAAGGCUAAAGUAAAUGUGCUGGAGAACGAGAGAUGUAGACAGUGGUACAAAUCGCAGGGCAAAAAGACCAAGAUCCAAGAGACGCAAAUGUGCGCCGGGCAUGAGCAGGGUGGUGUCGACUCUUGCUGGGCAGACAGCGGCGGUCCGUUGAUGGUCGACCAGAGCAGUCAGACGAUGGUUAUUGGAGUGGUGUCCACAGGAAUCGGCUGCGCCAGACCGUAUCUGCCAGGUAUCUACACCAGGGUCUCUGAUUUCAUACCGUGGAUACAAUCGCAACUCGGGAAUUAA